UUAAUUAUUUAUUAAAGGGUGUAUUAAUGAAACAAAAAAUUUUCAAAAAGGCGAUUAUCACAAAAAUAAUUAUGAUACUUAUUACUCUUUAAAUCCUGAUAAUGAAACGAUUGAUUUAAAUUCAUUGAUAAUUCCUAUUCCGAUACAUUUUAAUCCUCGAUAUGGAGUUGAAGCCCCGGAAAUUGAAUUGCCUGAUGAUUCUUUGGCUGAUGUUGAUUUGAAAGAUCAUGAUUUCAUUGAUAAUCUUAUGUAUGUGUAUUUUGAGAAGGAUAAAGGGGAUAUUAACCAUGGGGAGACAAUUUUGUUAAUUGGUACUGGUGUAAGUAGUGUGAUUGAGUUUGUUACAAUGGUUUCAGCUGGUAUGCAUCAAAAAAUUAAAUUUGGGAUACAAAAAGGUGCAAAGAUAAUGUUUUUGUAUUGGUUGAUUUGUUUAUUUUUUUCUAAUAUACUCUUUAUGAUGAAUCUUUCUGUGAAUAUGCCUAUUUACAGCUGCGAAUUCACAUCUUUACUCUUUUAUUAUUUACAUAUUGUGAUUGCUUCUUCACUAUUUAUUUAUACAUUAUGGAUAAAAAACGUUUUAAGAAAUAAUAAAUAUUCACGAGUAAAGUUUCUGAUAUUUUUAGAGCACGUUUUUGCACUCAUUCUUUAUCUCGUAUCACUUUUAUUUUCUUGUACUCAAAACGUACGUCCGAUUUGUUAUAUUUCAAUUCAAAGGGAGACCAUUUUUGAGUACACGGUGCCGAUUUGCAUUUUGAUUUUUGCAACAACUUUCUUUUCGUUAAAUGGGAUAAGAAGAGUUAACCUGGAACUAUCAGACUUGGGUUAUGACUCCACGGAUUUUCAAGUAAAGCACAUUGAAAGUGGAAUUUUCGACCCCGUGGUUGAACACCGCAUUUAUACUUUAAAAGAGUUUAAGAAAUUGUUGAAAGUAUUGUGCGUUACGCAAUGUUUUUAUGAGAUCGUUUGGUUCAUUAGCGUUUUGGCCAUAGAAAAUUUGAACGAGAAUAAUUUGGCUGCAAUUACUUAUGGGGUUAUAUCGUUUAUUAUGAAUUGUUACAUUUUUUGGAAGAGGAAGGUUUUUCUACCACCUGCAAGUGAGAACUCUUAUAAUGAUGGUGUUAAAGGAGCUGGAAAGAUUAUCGAUGUUGUCUCUGAUGGGUUAUUAGCUGAUGAUAUUCCUUUAUUGAUGGACAUUGAGAGCGAUGUUGAUAUAGCCGAGAUAAAAACGGAUUAUAUUGACGAUGCUAUAACUAAUUAAAUAUAUGUGCCAAUAAUCUUUAAUUGUUGUGGAAAUAUAUUCUCUUCAAUGUUAAAAAUAAAAAUAAAUGUGACAAUAUUAAUUUAA